AUAGUAAAUGAGUUAAACAAAUCUAAACCACUUAACUUAGGCAACGGGACCUGGGGGUUAACUACCCAAAUCAAAACUACUUCAAUAAAGUAACAACGCUAAUAUUUAUCUAAGUAGUUCAAUCCGAUAGAACAGGUGAUGAAUAUUAAUAACAACUUGCACCCAAAGAUAAUUACCCUACUAAUCAUUAGACUGCAUAACUUACUACUGCCUUAAAGAGUAGAAUAUUUACUUAUUUUAAAAGAUCCAUAAGGUUAUACACUAAUAUCAUAAUCAUCUUUUUUUCCUACGAAAAAUUAGAAUUACCGACUUAGUUCUCAGGCGAUAGGAGAGCACCAAAAUAAAGGUAAUAAUUCAAAAUUUUAAAUCAAUAAAGGAAAACCUACUUUUGGGGGGAAUACAUAGGUAUAAGACAAGUCUCAAAACGAUAAAAAAGUUGUUUACAUUACUAGUACUAGCAAAGCAGCCAGAGAUUAUAUAGCAAAAAACUUUACAAGAGAUUAAUAUGGGACAUCUUAAAAUUUUGAUAUAUUUACUGUGCCUGGAGGUAUUUUUGGCCUUAAGAAGCAUUUAUUUCUGGAAGAAUGUCUAUCAAAAUUCAUUUAAAUCAUGAGUAUGAAUUAUCAAAUCAGUGAUAUCUAUCUGAUUUCAUUCUUAAAUGAGAAUACAGUAAAUUUGAUGUUAAUGAUAGAAUGUUUAGGCAAAUCUAGAUGAUUAUCAAAAAAAAGAACUACAGAAAAAUAUAAUGAAUUUUCUAAAAAUUCUUCUGGAAGUAAGACUCAAUUUUAAAGGAAAAAUGCAUGGAAUAAUAGUUUAUCCAGAUUAAAGGAAGGAAGUAGUUUUUUGA